AUGGCACCCGCAGCCCCCUUCAACCCACCGUCUGCCGACCUUCCCGGCAAGCCUUUUGUGCCAGAAUGGGUCCCCCCUCCUGUCACUAAGGAAAAGCAUAACUUUGCCGAGCUCAAGUCGAUUGAUCUUUCGCUUCUUGAUUCAGAGGACCCAGCUGUUGUGGAUGACCUUGUCCAACAGGUCAAAGUAGCUAUCCGCGAUGACGGAUUUUUGUUCCUUGAGAACUAUGGAGUCUCUUUAGAGCAGGUAAGUAAUGCAAGCUACGAAGAGAAUAGCAACAGCAUUGACUGUCCGAGGAGGACAAAGAGCGCCUUCUUUUCCACCCCGAUAGCGGAAAGUGGUCUGGUUACAAGCAUCCGUAUGGAUUUAAGGUAA